AUGGAGUUAUCCGAGGCAGCAAAUGUCGCAUAUCUUCCAAGCCAGGAGAGCGGCUCAAACCUUCCGAUAAACAACAUGUCAACCCCAACGCGAAGGCCCUCGCAGCUGCGCUCGAAUAACAACAGUACUGGCACCGACAACAAGCGCUCGUCAAUACAGGAGCCAACGACAGCAGGGGACGAGAGCUCAAACCAACUAGCUCAAGCAGUUGACGAAUUACUAGAUCAGCUCCAGGAUAAAUUUGACAAAGUCUCGGCGGAGAUCUUUGAGAAAUUGGAUGACAUGAUGCGUAGACUUGACCAGCUAGAGGCGUCCCUUACCACUUCCACCGAAACACAUGCGGCGACGACCUGA